CCUCAUCCUUACCGGAAGAGCUAACGAUUGUCAACUCUAGCAAUGCGUUUCUCGUAGCGGUUCAGAGUAAUGACUAACUAAAUACAAAGGAAACGCGAACCUGACCUGAUUGGAACGGAAUUUGACCAGAUGAUGACAAUAUUACCUAAUUUAUCUUCAACUUGGUGUCCGGCAUUGAUAUCGGGCAAUCGCAUUGCGCAAGUAUUAGUUUUAUUUACCAGUUAAGCCUACUGCUGUUCUGUCCAAUACAACAGUGGGUCAUUUGAGGACAAGCCAACUCCUGUAUCUCAACAAGGGGGAGGAAAACGAGGCGGUUGCAUCUCAAUCUGAACCAUGCCGAAGGACCAACCGGGACAGGAGGGAAACGAUGAGUCGAGGGAGGAGAGGACACCGGACCUUUCGGAGGAAACGGCAAGAGGGAGAGCAGGGGUGAAUAUUCCCAGUCCACGAAGAGGGAACACGCCACAAGCCAGCCCGCCCAGGUUCGUCUCAGUAGGGGAGUUGAUGGAGACGGCCAAGGGAGUCUCCAACAUGGCUCUAGCACACGAGAUGGUGGUGAACAAAGAAUUUGUGAUGAAACCUAUAGAACUCCCCGAGGGAAGUUUUGAGCGGAGGGUGAAAGAUAUAAUGCACCAAGCUUUCUGGGACUACUUGGAGUCUCAGUUGAAUGAAGAUCCCCCAUCAUACAUUAAUGCUAUCAAGAUGCUAUCUGACAUCAAAGAGGCCCUGCUGUCCUUCUUGAUGCCCAGCCAUGACCGCCUGCGCUCCAGCAUCGAGGAGGUUCUGGACCUCCCUCUCAUCCAGCAGCAGGCUGAGAACGGGGCCCUGGACAUGGGUCGGCUGGCUAAGUUCAUAGUGGGGACCAUGGGGUCGCUGUGUGCACCCUGCAGAGAUGGGGAAAUCAGGAAGCUGCACGAUGCAACUGAAUUGGUGCCUCUGCUUCAAGCAAUCGUUAAAGCUCUGGACCUAAUGAAAAUGGACAUGGUGAACUUUACCCUUUCUACCCUCAAACCCCACUUGAUGCAGCAGUCUGCAGAGUACGAGAGACAAAAGUUCACGGAGUUUCUGGAGAAACAACCUAAUGCCUUGGACUUCACUGAGAAGUGGCUUCGAGACGCAGCAGAAGAUUUGCGAGAGAACGGGGCCAGUGCCUCGGCUGCAGCACUCUCCACUACUUCACUGCCGCCUCACAGUGUCCAUAACCACGCCUUCUUACGGCUUCUCAAGUGGGACCAUUCCUCAGAUACCUUCCCAGAGACCCUGAUGCUGGACCAGGCUCGCUUCAUGGAGAUGCAGCAGGAGGCCGAGAGGCUUGUGCUGCUCUCCUCCCUGCUGCUCAUCGUGUACACCACCACAGGAGACGCCAUCUCCGGCCUGCCCGGCCUCAUGGAAAAACUGAAGACCACCCUCAACGCCAUCAUCAUGGACAUGCACACACCGUCUUUUAUUUUAGAGGAAACCUUGGCCUCCAUUGGGGAGAAGCUGUGUGUGGAGCUGAGUCAUUGUCUGAGCGAGCACGGCCAUGGCCCCUACUCCCCUGAGCGCCAGGACAUCCUCAAGGGACAGAUCCUGGCCACUGCCCGCCCAGACAACACCAUCCGUAAGGUGAUGGACUCGCGCAUCCAGAGCUACAUGUUGGCCUCCCUGGAGUCCACUCAGCACCAGACUUCGCCCCCCCUGCCUGGGGGGCUGGCCCCGGUGGGCAAGGAGCUGAGUGAGCUCACCGUCCGCUUCAGUCGCCUGGUCAACUUCAACAAGUUGGUCUUCUCCCCGUUCUACCAGAAGCUUCUCCAGAGCGCCCUAAUGCCAGCGGAGCACCCCGCAGUGUGACGUGUAGUGGACGGCAGAAGGGUGCUUCAGAGGCCUCCCCCUGAACACCCGUCUGCCUGGAAUGUAUGGUUGAAAACUAUCACUAAAGAAAACACUCACCGGCUACCAUCUUAAGUUGUACUGAAAAAAAGUGUUACUCUAAAGUUGUCAUAAUUGCUCAGAGACUAUAGGCCUAAGUCUUCCUGUGAGUUAACCUUGAAAAGCCUUACCAUUUAUGAGUGUUAGAAACACUAUUUCAUACAAGAAUAAACUAGUCUUGUAUUAGUGGAGACGGUUCCUGACCAUAAUUAUUAAAAGGCAAGCAUUAAGUAUUUUAUUGCCAACUUUUUCUUCAAAUAGUGAUUAAAUAGUUGUAAAUAUGCUAGUUAUGCUACAUUUAACAAGCUGUUGCCUAUCCCAUUAUUCAAAACCAUGUAAAAUGUACAUUCAUUGAUGCAUCAGACAUUAAUAUUGUAUUUAAAUGUUAUUCACCAUGUCAAUAAAAUUGUGUUCCCCAA